AAGACCUAUGAUUUUCAAGUGUUAUAAGUAACCUUUACUUGAAAUGGUAAGCUUUGUGGUAAGACCUAUAAAAUUAGUGAGAUUAGGGGUAAUAUUGAUCGGGACAAUUCUUAGGGUUAGAAGAGAAGAGAUAGUAGGGGUGUGACUCGGUUUAGAGCUAAAUCUGUAUGGAUUUCUUGUAAUUAUAAACCCUGAUGGUCACUAUAGUCCUGAGCCCUGUGUAAAAUAUUUUGUGGUACAAAGAACGGGGUCAAUUCUGAUACUAGUGGGUUUUGUAACCUUGAUAGAGCAGCACGUAGUGAGAGGGCUGGUGAUAAGGGGGGCGGGUACAGUGUUAAAAUCUGGCGUUUUCCCGCUACAUUCGUGGGUCCCUUCAAUUAUUAAGAACAGCAGAUGGUUAGCAAGAGGGUUAAUAUUAACUUGGCAAAAAGUCGCCCCCCUUGUCUUUUUAUCAAUAAUUAUACCCUCUAAGGGGUUGUGAGUAGUAAUUGUAUUGAUAGCUGGAAUUGGGGCAGUAGGGGGCCUUAACCAGAAUUCAGUACGAGUAAUAAGCGCGUACUCGUCGUUUGUGCAUACAUCAUGAAUGCUGUUAGGGCUCACAUGGUCAAGAGUAGUCUUUGUAGGGUAUUUUGCAGUUUACUCGCUGUCGGUAGGGCUGUUUUUUUAUGGGUGCUCAAUAAUAAACAAAACAAGAAUGGGCGGUCAGAUUAGUAGAGCCGCGAGGGGUAUAGGGUUACUGAUACUGAUGGGGAUGCCUCCUUUCCUUGGCUUUCUAGCGAAAGUAUUGGUGUUUCUAAUGAGAGGAAGGGCUGUAAUCGUGGCUUGUAUUAUAGGUUCAGUAAUCAGGCUAAAAUUCUACAUUGACUUUUUUUAUAGGAUAGUAAUAAAAAGGUUAGUAGACAAAAACAAAGCAGAAUUCAAGAUUAUGUGGAGGAUAGUGAUCGGGGCUAACCUAGCAGGGGGGGCAUUGAUCUUGGUGAGAUUUAUUUAG